GGUUCCUAUUGGGCCAUAGACACCAACCCUAAAGAUGACGCUGCACCCAGCAGGCCAAAGAAGAGGCCACGAUCUGGAGAAAGGCUUCCAGAUGCUGUGGGCAUGUCACUGAAGGCUCUGAAAACCCCGCCUCCCCGGAACUUUCAGCUGUCAAUCAAAUAUGUGCCUUCUCUCACUGCACGCGCUCAUGGGCUGCAGAGAAGCAGCCUCUGAGCCACGGCGUAAUGACCAACAGCACGACACGCACCUGUCCCCCUGGAAGAUUUUUUUUCCCUCCUCAUUUUCACCCCGCGACGUGCGGCCGGCAACUGUGUGGCUGACAUCCCUUAUGCCCUUGUGCCGGACCUCCGGCGGCUACUCUAACCGCUAUCAGGCUGGCAAGGGGCCGCGGCGCGGCAGAUCCCAUUCGGUUCACCGCUACCUGGUAACACGACGUGUGAGGGCAGACAGCAAAGACACUGUAGCCCAAAUAACACAAAACACAUUACACUUCAGUGAAGAUGUAUUUUUUUCCAAGUUUUGGGCAUAGGUUGAUGGAUAACUGCACGCUGUACUUGUAGAACUGGGUCAAGUUAUUUUGAAUAAGGAAGUGGCAAUUUCGCCAAAUUGCCACUGCAUGGAAUAAUGGCCCUUGGUGUUUAUAUAGUAGUGGCGGGUCAACUCUUCCUGUUCACUGGUGACAUCAGUGCGACGCUGUUUUAGCCCCGCGCCCAAAAAAUCUGGACAACUGAGUUGGUGAAAAACAGUUUUAAACUACACUGCUGGUCAAAAGCUUUAGAACACCCCAAUUUUUCCAGCCUUUUUUAAAAUUGAAAUUCAUGCAGUUCAAUUUCUCAUUUUACUCUGAAAUGAAAGCACAGUACAAAUAAACUAUUCAAUUUACAAAAGAAAUCCUGUAAUCAAUCUACAAACAAAAGUGUAUUCUAAACCUUGAGCAGAUACUGUAUGACAGCUGAACACACGUGACAUUAUCUCUAAAAUGGAAAUCAAAUAUUCUUCAGAAAGUUCUUCAUAACUCUGUUGUGGAAGUUCACAUAACUGUGUGACUAUUCUUUGGACUUAAACUACUUGACUUUCAAUUAAAAAUAAAAUAAGAAAGAACGGGAAAACAUUGCCGUGUUCUAGAACUUUGGAUUGGUCAGGGGCAUACAGUGGGUAUGGAAAGUAUUCAGACCCCCUUAAAUUUUUCACUUUUUGUUAUAUUGCAGCCAUUUGUUGAAAGAGUUUUUCAUUUUUUCCUCAUUAAUGUACACACAGCACCCCAUAUUGACAGAAAAAAACGGAAAUGUUGAAAUUUUUUCAGAUAUAUUAAAAAAGAAAAACUGAAAUAUCACAGAGCCAUAAGUAUUCAGACCCUUUGCUCAGUAUUUAGAAGAAGCACCCUUUUGAUGCUCAAUUGGGUUUAAGUCAGGACUCUGACUGGGCCAUUCAGGAACAGUCACGGAAUUGUUCUGAAGCCACGCCUUUGUUAUUUUAGCUGUGUGUCAUUGUCUUUUUUUAACGUGAACCUUCGGCCCAGUCUGAGGUCCAGAGCACUGUGGAGAAGGAUUUCGUCCAGGAUAUCCCAGUCCUUGGCCGCAUUCAUGUUUCCUUCGAUUGCAACCAGUCAUCCUGUCCCUGCAGCAUGAUCUGCCACCACCAUGCUUGACUGUUGGGACUGUAUUGAACAGGUGAUGAGCAGUGCCUGGUUUUCUCCACACAUACCACUUAGAAUUAAGGCCAAAAAUUUCUGUCUUGGUCUCAUCACACCAGAGAAUCUUAUUUCUCACCAUCUUGGAGUACUUCAGGUGUUUUUUAGCAAACUCCAUGCAGGCUUUCGUGUGUCUUGCACUGAGGAGAGGCUUCCGUCGGGCCACUCUGCCAUAAAGCCCCGACUGGUGGAGGGCUGCAGUGAUGGUUGACUUUCUAGAACUUUCUCCCAUCUCCCGACUGCAUCUCUGGAGCUCAGCCACACUGAUCUUUGGGCUCUUCUCUCCCGAUGUCUCAGUUUUGCCGGACGGCCAGCUCUAGGAAGGGUUGUGGUUGUCCCAAACGUCUUCCACUUCAGGAUUAUGGAGGCCACUGUGCUCUUAGGAACCUUAAGUGCAGCAGAAUUUUUUUUGUAACCUUGGCCAGAUCUGUGCCUUGCCACAAUUCUGUCUCUGAGCUCUUCAGACAGUUCAUUUGACCUCAUGAUUCUCAUUUGCUCUGACAUGCACUGUGAACUGUAAGGUCUUAUAUAUACAAGUAUCUUGCUUUCUUAAUCAAGACCAGUCAGUAUAAUCAAACACAGCUGGACUCCAAUGAAGGUGUAGAACCAUCUCAAGGAUGAUCAGAAGAAACGGACAGCACCCGAAUUAACUAUAUGAGUGUCACAGCAAAGGUUCUGAAUACUUAUGGCUGUGUGAUAUUUCUGUUUUUCUUUUUUAAUACAUCUGCAAAAAUUUCAACAAUUCUGUUUUUUUAAUGUCAAUAUGGGGUGCUGUGUGUACAACAAAAAUUAACUUAAAUGAUUUUAGCAAAUGACUGGAAUAUAACAAAAAGUGAAAGAUUUUAAGAGGUUCUGAAUACUUUCCAUAUCCACUGUGUGUAUAUCCCAACAAUUCAGUACUAUAUUGUUCAGUCUUUGCAUGUUUUCAACACUUAUCUUCAGACUUAUUUAAUCUGUUUAGAAACAAGACACGUAAAUGACUUGGGUUCAUCUUUAAGGUCACUGUGACCUCACAUGCAUCACAUUUCUCAUGAAGGUGUUAUCUUAGAAACCUGAGGAGUCCAUUACAUUUGGAACAAGCUUUCAUCUCAAAGUAAUUUGGUCUCUGGACACUUUUUUUCAGUUUAUGUUAAACAAGCAAGAGGUUGCUUUUUUGCAAUGAAUGAAUCUUUUUAUUAAUCCCAGAGAGGCAACAUUACAUUUUGUAGAUAUUUGCAUUAAUAUGAACAUGCUUAACUCACGCAGUCCAGGGGAAAAAAAACCACUAUGUAGUCUCAUUUCUUUUUUCAGUUAACAAUACUUUGCAAUUGUAUAUUGACAAAAUAGUUAUAGUUUCUUUGCUUCGUUUGAGUGACAGACAUCCCCACUUCCACCAGUCAGCCACACAUCUAAAGCGAGGCAAUGUAAGCGCUUUACAAACAGUUCUACCUUUAUGUUAUUAAUGCUCUUUUUUGACUGACACAGUCAGAGAGGUGUUCAUUGAAUAAUAUGUUUAUUAUUGUGGUUGUAGUAUACAGUGGUGUCAGACUGCACUGGACCAUACGGAUAGCUGAUUCUAAUAUUUUGACUCCUGUAGGAAACCAAGGAAAUAAAAAUAUUGUAAACCUAUGCAAACUACAACCCAAUUAAUAAACAUCAACAGUAAUUAACAUAUUAGCCAUUGCUCUAACUGUUGUAAAGACAGAUGUUUUGAUACAACUAAUUAUUGUAUGGAAUCCAUUUCGAUUGUCCAUGACAUGUCAGAAUGUCAGAAUGUUGUGGCAAGUCGAUGUUCAUUAAUAUAUUGCACGUCCUCCAGCAAGUGUUGCAGCUUAUAUGCACACCUUACUGUUGCUGCAUGUUAUUUUCUUUCAGAUCAAGCAGGGUUGACCCAGAUGUAAGUCUGUGCUAAUUGCAGGCUUGUAGACUUGUUCUGUGCUCAAGAUUGCACAGAAAACAGCAGGUACAAGCGUCUGAGUUGAUGCAAGGGGGAAUGAAAGUGGGUUUUGGUGAAAGUGAUUGACAGCAGCCGAGGCUAUAAAUAUAUGUAACCCUGCAUAAACCCAGCAGACUGCGGCUGGUUGUGUCGUGAACCUGUGAAUGUGAAUACAAAGAGAACAGAGUGAGCUCUCCAUUGCAGAUGUCAUCUCAUUCUCUGGAUAUAGUCAGAAUAUUGUACCUUUUAUAGUUGAUUAGCAUGCUCCUCAGCGCACCAAAAAAAUUGAUUUGACUCAGUGCAGUGUAGUGAUAUUCCUUUUUGACCACCUUAACAGAACUGUUGUUUGUGCUUAGUAUGAAUUGGAGCAAUCAACAGAGAAACAUCCACUUCUACCUUUAGGGCUAUAAGCGGGGUGAAUAAAAAUUUUGAUCUGCUUCUCAAAUGAGCACCAGAGGUUAUGACUUGGUGCUCAUCUUUUUUCAGUGACCCACUUACCUCACUGGAUGAACUUAUGCCCGUUUGUAGGCAUAAGAAGUAUUAUUAUUUAUUUUUUUACUUAUUUUCUGUACAAAUAAAGGAAUCAAACUUGUUUUUUUGUUUGUAAUGACCUCAUAAACGUGUUUUGUUGUUUUAUGUCCUAUUGCAUGUACUUUAUGUUUUGUUAGUCUUACGGUGUAUUCACACCAGGAAAGUCCUUUGGUUCGCUUGUUUGAUCCGGACCAAAAACUGACUUUAUUUUUUUUGUUUGGUGUGGUUCGCAUUCACAUUGUACAUUUGGAAAGCAAACUAUAAUUUGUAAACAAAGCCACGGGUGUAACAAUCGUUGUUCCCAUUGGACAGAAAUGACGCGUUGCUCUGCUACAAUCGUUACCAUGGGAACAACAACAAGGAUUGCGCCGAUGUAUAAUGUUGGGGGGAAAAAAGAACAAAAAGAGGAAAAAACGUGGGGUGGUCACCGGAUGCUCGGGGGAGUACGUUUUGGGAUGUCCAUUCAAGGAGAGCUUGAGGUAUGUUCACGUACUUAAUAAAACGGCUCGCAAGCAGCCGGCAAUAUCGUUACGUAGCUACCUAGCUACUACUAGCACUAAUGUACGUAAACAUGCCGUGUUCCGUCUGUUCUCGUCGAAUCGAAUACUGAAGCUUGUCAAGCUAACAAAAACCCACAUUUUGCAAUGUCCAGGAAAUUAGAAUGUUACAUAACAAACAGUCAAAAAGAUUUUAAUAUGGAAACGAGGUUGGAAAUGGCCUUCUGAAAAGUAUUUUCUUGUGUUAAAUGAUUCUUUCACUUUUGGAAUUGCAAUGCUGAAAUACAAUGAACCUUCCUACAGUAUUCUAAUUUAUUGAGAUGCACUUAGAUGUAGGACAUUUUCUAAUACUUUAUCUUCUACCACUGAAAGUGGUCUCCAGUCCCGAGUGAUCCACUUUGCGAGUGGAUUUGUGAGUUUGUGCAAUGAUUAGUUUUGCCCUUAAGACAGUCAAUUGAUUGUAUUUGGUAUACUGAUGAAACUCGUACCACGACUGCUAGACUCUCAGCUCCGGUGGUUUCUGUGCUCGCUGCAAGCUUUGCAGAUAUGAACAGACUUGAUACCCCUGCGCACUGCGAUGUAUCUACAGCGGGCAAUAGGCGGGGCUAUGUUCCCAUACAAGAUGGUGCCGACCCGAGUGGUCACCUCGGUAACGCUCUCUAGUACUGUCUAUGUUUUUGUCCUUUUCUUUCAUCUUUGGAGAAAUUACGUGACUUACUUACACAAGGGAAGAUUUGCUAAACAUUAGGGAAUCUACUCUGGACUUUAUUUCACCAACUUUCACAAAUUCAAACUCACUGGCAGAGCGGCUAUGGCUCUAUGGAGCAUGGUGGAAGCGAAGACGACGCCACAGAGGGAUGCGUGCACCGAGUGCAGGUUAAGCUUCGACAGCGUGGAUUGCGAAUGCCGCUCCCGUUAAUUCACCAACUCUACCCAACAAAAUGGAGGAGCAUAGUUUACACAGAUGGAUAGAUAAUUUAUUUAUCCAGUGAGGAACAUUAAAUUGUCACAGCAACAAUAUUCACACAUAGACACUUGCAUUAAUACUAUAACACAACUAAUAAAGUACAAGUAAAAAAGAUAACAGCAUUGAGGACGGAUUAAAAGAAAUUUGAAUCUAGAAUAAACAAGAAAAAACAGAUUAACAUGUUACGUCUGUAAAUGGUAAGUAAUAAAUAGAGUAUAACUAUGCUGCAGCAAUAUUUUUAGAAUAAGUGCAAAGUGGAAAGCACAGUAUUUUUAACGGUGAUAUAUGUCAUCAAAAUGAUGAAUUAAUACACUGUCUAUGAAACAUUGCUUCAUAGUUCAGCUGAAUAGACAAUGGGCAAUGUGAAGGGAGGCUAUUUGGGGGUGCAUUGGCCCAUUAAACUCCCGCUGCCCAUGACAGGCUGGCUGCAGCUCACGAAUUGGGAGGCAAGGACAGAAUGACAUCACAACCAAUUAGUGGGGCUGUUUAUAAUGACUGGAAAUCCGUCCAAUGACGGUAGAGGCGCAGGAAGGUGGGACCAGUCACAGUGGAACGGCCGAACACAUUCUAAGGAAAUUUAUUGCCAGCUUGAUGCUUUUUUGUACCUAUGCUGUGUGGAAAAGACAUCUAGUCACCUCGAAACAGCUUAGCUCGUGUACCUUUUACACUGAAACAUUAUUGCUUUACAUGGCAGGAUAACACUACUUCUCAUUAGUGCUAAAAUCUAUCACGAUAUGGGCCAUUUUAUAUCACGAUAACUAUACCCCACGAUAUCCUAUAGUACGUUUUCAGUUAUUCUAUGAAAAAUUAUACUACAUACUAUGACAGCUGGCGGCAUGGUGGCCGACUGGUUAGAGCGUCAGCCUCACAGUUCUGAGGACCUGGGUUCAAUCCCCGGCCCCGCCUGUGUGCAGUUUGCAUGUUCUCCCCGUGCCUGCGUGGGUUUUCUCCGGGCACUCCGGUUUCCUCCCACAUCUCAAAAACAUGCAUGAAUUGGAGACUCUAAAUUGCCCGUAGGCAUGACUGUGAGUGCGAAUGGUUGUUUGUUCCUAUGUGCCCUGCGAUUGGCUGGCAACCAGUUCAGGGUGUACCCCGCCUUCUACCCGAUGACAGCUGGGAUAGGCUCCAGCACGCCCGCGACCCUAGUGAGGAGAAGCGGCUCAGAAAUUGGAUGGAUGGAUACUAUGACAGCUUACUUUUUCUCACUCUAUUUGAAGCGAAAUUAAACAGACCUGUCACAAAUGAGAUGCAUCCUGUCAUGAGCCAUCCUGCAGUUCUACUAUUGGAGCCUGGGUGGGGCUUUGCGCCCUCUCGAUCUCUCUCUCCCCUCCCCUCUCUCUAUUUCCAGCACCUUCCUCGGCCGCACCUGUCAUCAAUCAGCCCUCGUUACCACCUGCUUUUAAACCUGCCUGAACCCAGAAAACCUUGCAAGAGUAUUGAAGCUUCUACAGCGGUACCACAGCUCCUCGGUCUUGAAGCGUCAACCCCUUAUAGCUUGGAGUCAGAGUCUCUGCGAAUGGACUGCAUCAUGUCAGGUGGAGCGUCUCCUACUUUGGCCAUCAAUGCGGUAACAAACAAGGUAGCACUAUACAGCCCAGAAGCAGACGACGGUGAGAGUCCUGGCAGCCUGAGCAACAGUCUCUCUGAGCAAAAAUUGACAUCUAUCAACCUGAACAACAUGAACUCGACCGUGAGCAGUAGCAGCAGCAUGCACAAAUACACACCAGUUAGUAGUCACGCUGAACCUUCGUCCCAGUCCCAGAGUCUUCAGCCGCCCAGCCAGCCCACUCGGCCUCCACCUCCUCCUCCACAACCCCAGUACGCUCUGCCGGUGCCAGAGUCACGGGACAAACACCUCUGCUUCUCGGACUUCGAGGACCUGAGCGCUUCCUUCCGCAGCCUGUAUAAAUGUGUCUUUGAGCAGUCGUUCUCGCAGCAAGCUUUGAUGAUAAUGCCUGGCGAUUCGAACCAUUCUACACGGACCGCCUGCUCCUAUCAGCACUCACCUGGCGCAAGGAACGGCAGCAGUGGCAGUGGCACGGGGGGUGGCGGCCACCAUCAUCAACACAACCACCAUGCCCACCUUCCUCAGCAUCACCUCUCCACCCAUGGCCAGCACCCACCUCUGUCCCACCAGAGUCACAGUGGACAGAGCUGCCCCACGACAGGCAUGACUUCAGAUUGGUACCCAAACCUGGACUGGCUGAAGGAAAGCUGCCGCAUUGCUACCAGCUACAAUUGGGCUGAUGUAGAUCUUUCUCCAUUUCAAGGCCUGAAGGAGAGCAUGCGUCAGGCCGAGCUCAACAACUGGUCCCUGGAUGCCGCUCAGAUAGCUGACCUGUGUUCGUCCAUCAACCAGUUCUUCACGGCCACGGGCGUCAUCCCCCCUCAGGGCGCUGCCCUCUCCCAACCUCCGGUUGCACACCCAGCUGCACCGAGGGCACCUCAGCACCCAGCUCAGCCGCAUGGCGACAUGCACCCGAAGGCCAGCCAGCACAAUCAGCACGGCCAACUCAUUCGAACAGGGAACAUGUACAUGGACUCCAGGCAGAACAUUCCGUCUCUGAUGGGCCCACCUGGAUACCCCCACAUGCCUCCCAUUAGCAACACAGCUCCCGCCAUGACAGGGGACUCCUCCAUCACACUCUUAUCAGGCCAUCACAGCCAGCUGAGCCAGCAGCAGCACAUGUUGCCUCCAGGACACUUUCAGGUAAGGCGCAUGCUGGCCACCGACGACAUCCAGGACGACUUCGACUGGGACUCCAUCGUGUGAACAGGAAGUAAGAGAUGAGAUGUGAUGACGACAAUAGAGGUGUGAGACUGGCCCCUCAAAAACACUAAACACGAUCCAAAAGAAGGAGUCUUUUUUGGGGGGGGGGGGUGGAACUGGAGACAAUCAGUUACCAAGUGGACCAAGUUGUAAAGCGACACUGAGCGAAUCGUCUUAUAAUGAGUCACCCUUCCUCGUGCCGACGUGGGUGACAAGUUAUAAAAACUGUUAAAACAUCUGUGAAAUUUUUGCUUUUUUUAAAAUCUGUUUAUUACCCAGGAGCAUUUGGGCCACAUCAAAAAUGAAAUAUAAUCCAAGGGAAUAAACAGUCAUGUUUUUCAAGAAAAAAAAGUCAUUAUCUUGUGAGAAUACGGUGUUCCUCCACGUAGCAGCAAAUUAUUAUUAUUUUUUAAACCAAUUCUCUGCUUUCUGUUUUCUUUCAAAAAAGAACUCUUGAAAAAUACCACUAUUCUCAUAAAAUGUUUUUUUUUAACAACUUUAUUCUUGAAAACAGAUAGCUCUACUCAUAAUAUGAGUUUUAUAUUGAAAAAAUAGAACUUUAUUCUCGAAAAAAGACUUGCUUCUCAUAACAUGGUAUUUUUUCAGGGGGAAACAUUCGCAAACCAAUACUUUGAAAAAUACAACUUUCCUCAUUUUACCUUUUGUUUCUUAAAAUAUAUGACUUUACUCCAAAGACAUAUUACGUUAUUCUUGUGAUACUGACAUGGUUUUAUAUUAGAAUAAGCUUUUGUUCAGAAAGAGAUAACAUUUAGUUUUUGUGUUGAAAAAAAAAAUUCCUUUAUUCAUGUGAUACUGACACAUUUCUUUUAAGUAAAAAUACCAAUUUUGUUCUGGAAAAAAGAAUAAUUUUCUUUUUUCAAAAACACGAACAUAUUUUAGAAAAAGUAAGAAUAUGACGUGUUUUUGUCUGUAAAGAAUAAGACUGAAGAUUUAUUCUCUUGUAGUUAAAUAUUUUUCUCAAAAAUCUUUUUUUUCCGGUACAAUUCAUAUUUUAAUUUCCGAGUAUAAUGCUUUUUUCCUUUCAGCGUGGCCCUAAUACAGCUUCAUAUUUUGUUUCCAACUGCAACUGUUGACCAUAACAGAAGGCUAUUUAUUUCCUCUCUUUCAAAAGCAACUACUUGAGAUGUUUUUCUUGUUUGUAAUGUCUCUGUAAUGAUUCUAUUACCUGGUAUCUGUAUGAAGACACAUUAACGCGCGUGUGGGUAUGGCGUCACCUGCUGGUCAAAGUGAGCAUCACACCACAUCGUCUCAAAAGAAUUCUAUGCACCACUAUCACCUGUCCCCGUUCUGAGACAACUUAUGAAUUUCGUUUUUUUUUAAAUUUAUUUAUUCAUUUUUUCGUCAAAUUAUUUGUUUUUAGUAGUCAAUGCUGUCAUGUUCUCAGGGUAGCUCAUUGAUUCAUCAUUUCAAACCAUUUAUAUAUGUGUCGUAAAGUGACUGCAACAUUCAGUUCUUUAUGGCCCCCCUACAACUGUGACAUUUGUCAUCUCAAAGCAAAACAAAUGCAGUGAAAUAAGCUCAUGCAACUCUUGGCACCAUUAUAUUUAUGUAUUUUUUUCGUUUGUUUAAUAGAAGUCUUCAUGCAUUUUAUUAAUGAUAACGGACUCAUAAAGGUGAUUAGAUGGAUUUUUCUUUUCUUUUUUAAUUUUCUACAUUUUUUUCACCAAUAUAAUGUUAAGCAUCUAGCUGUAUAAGAACUAAACUAAACUAAAUGAUGAUGGUUUGAGUUAGAGGAAAAUUCUGAUCAGUUUAUGAGGAAAUCAUUUUUUGGUUGUUUGUUUGUUUGUUUGUUUUUCUUCUUCCAUUGUGAUUUAGUCUGUGUGUGAAAAAGUGAUUUUUUUGAGUGUACAGAUCCACAUUGCUCAAAAGAAAUGAAGUAUCUGUAUCAGUCUGGGUGCACUAUGCGAAGCAGGUAGUCAAAGUGCUCUUGGGAGGGGGGGAAAAAAGCUGAAACUUUAAUAUUGUCAUUAUUGCCAUUGAUGCUGUAUUACAGUGACCAGCAUUAUAUAACUUGUAUGUGUGUGCGUUUUUGUCCUUAUGUAAAUAGCGCUAUGUUUCUCCUCUGUUUUCCCUAAAGAAAAAAAGAAAGAAAAACACAAACUGGUGAAAAGAACAAAGUAUUUUUGUUAUUUGUCCUUCAAGGAGACAUUGUGUAUAUACCUUCAUUAUAUUGUACAUAUGUUAUUUUGGUGUGUCAUAGAUACUAAUCUGUGUAUGCUUCUACUAUGACAAAUGUUUCAGUGUUUAUUAAAUGUAAUUGACCAUUUUUACUGCCAUAACCUUGCUUCUGCUAUUGUUACUUCACUUCACCUUCAUACAUAUAAAAAUUGCUGUGAUGUGC